AUGCUCGUCAAUCCGGGACGACGGAUAACGGCCAUCGUUGUCGGUUCCUUUCUCUGCAUUCUCUUUCUUCUUUUCAGUCAUUCCACCUCGCAUUCACCUCACGAUCAAUACAACAACAGUAACAACAACAACCAUCAAGCUUUCCCAUCAUCGCCAUCACCACCACCACCACCACCACCAGCCACAGUCAACAACAACAACAAUCAAGACAUAGACGCGAUCCCUGUCAUUUAUCCUGAACCGUUUGCUCAUCACCAGCCUGCUGCUGGAGAAAAGUAUAUCACGUAUCUACCGCACUCUGGAUUCCACAACCAACGUAUCGAGCUUGAGAAUGCUUUGUUACUGGCAUCCUAUCUUAAUCGAACGCUACUGCUGCCGCCAGUGUUUUUGGGCAACCCUGCGAUGCCAUGGUUACGCUUUGACAAGAUGUAUGAGCGCCUCCUGUUACAAACCAAACGUGGAUUAGAGCACUGUCCACAAAUCGGAUCGGAUGAGCCGCUUCCUGCCGAAUGUCUCAACUAUUUUCGAUGGACCAAGGUGCCCUGGACGUUUUUUUACGAUUUGAGCGAGAUUGAACAACAUGUGCGGAUUGUAUUUCGAGAUGAUUUGAGUGAAGAAUGGCUUCGUGAUGCGCUCAAAGUACCCAAAAAGGAUAUUCAUUUCAUGAAGGACAUGUCACCUUACGAAUUUCGUGUCUAUGAUCGACCUGAUUCACCUACGCCUUUGGCCAAAUUUGUGAAUCGCAUCGAUAUCGCUGCCUUGGAAGCCAUUCAAGAACCCGUCUUGCAUUUCGGCUCGGUGUUUGGCACGUAUCGUGUAUUGGCACAAACGGAGGAACAUGCACAACUGUUGAAAACGAUCCGAUCCAACAUGAUCUUUAACCAUCCUGUAUUACGUGAUACGGCGGCACGUGUUGUCAAGCAACUGGGUGGCGUGGAUCAGUUUGUUGGAUUGCAUGUACGUGUCGGUGACGGUCUUUUCAAGGUGCGAGCGUCGAUUCAUGUGGAUGACAUUUAUCACAAGUUGGUGGAUCUAUUCACGGAUUUGGAUGUGGAUCAAGUUGCGUACUAUGAAGGAUAUCGACAUGAUGAGGAUCGAAAGGAAAAUGACGAGUAUGAAGUGAGGCAACUACGCAAAUUCACUGAAAUGAACAAUGAUGAGCUCGCCAAACCUAUUCAAGUCAAUCAUCCACAAGAGGACAUGUCCCAUAUACUUGGUUCGGCACCUCCAUCCAAUUUGGAACGCACAUGUCAACCACCAAAAGAUAGCACCACCAUCCGAUUCCAACGCACCGUGAUCUAUAUUGCUACCGAUGCUCCCAAUCCUCGAUCCAAUCCGCUCUUGCAAAAGAUAUUUGCUACCUUCCCUUGUGUGUUCAUUCUCAACGACUUUGCAAACGAGUUGCAUGAUCUUAAACGCAUCCAAGUGGUCGAAGAGAGAAUCAAGCUUGAAUCCUAUCUCAUUCCUAUGGUGGAUGCCAUGAUUGCUGCACAAGGUCAUACUUUUAUCGGUACGGCGGAUAGUACUUUUAGCACCUACAUUGAACGUCAAUUACAUCCUGUUUAUACCAAUCGUCAAGUCAAGGUCAUGGGUAUCGGAUCAAGGAAACAGAAACAACAAUAA